CUGCGCUUUCUAAUUCGGGGCUUGUACCCGUUUCUGAAGGCAGCUGCACCCCGCUUCUCAUCUCUUGGCAUCGAAAAAAAGUUCCAUGCAAGUUUCACAUCAAAGUAAUCAGUGCAGAUUCUCCGUUCCAACCAAUUGUCAAAAUGUCGAAGAAGCGGAAGAGAGAAGUCGAUGUCGAACUUAUACAGGUGUAUGAGCAUCUGGCGGAUGAGGAUGAACCUACCCGCCUGAAAGCAGCCCAUACCCUGGUGUCGAAAAUAUUCAAACCAGGCGUCACCAGCGAUGAACAGACCAGGACGAUCCUGACUCGUCUCUUUCGCGGGCUAUGUAGUGGUCGCAAGGCUGCCCGUCUCGGAUUCUCGGUUGCCCUCACGGAACUACUCUCACAACUAUCAUCGGAACCGACCAUUGGGGAAGAACUGUCUGCCUCUGCUAUUGUUGACAUCCUCGAGUCCCAGACUGUGCCGGAAGGUGGCACUUCGCGCCAGGAUGAGCGUGAUCACUACUUUGGACGGGUGUUCGCUGCUGACGCAGUUCUCAAAUCUGGCAUGCUCUUUCAAAAGCCUCAGCGAGAUCAGUGGCUACGUAUGCUCGAAAUACUCUGUGCGUUGGCAAUCAGGAAACCAUGGCUCCGACAAGAGUGUGGCUGGCUGCUAGCAACUUGCAUCGCUUCGAGUUCCGGCGAGACUGCACAAGCAUUCGCUGUUGAUGCUAUCGAGACACUCUCCGCCAAUAAACUGAUCCGGACACCGGAAGGCGUGGCCAUCUGGUUGACGACCGUGAGAGUCUUUCCUCAUGCCAAGCUGCCCAAGUCAACCUGGAAGCAUGGUGAUCCUCUAGCCAAGAAGGACGUUGUUCUUCUCGCAGAUAUCCUCAAGGAUGCACGGACUCAGCCCGAAGCUGAUUCGGACUCUGAAGCCCAGGGUUCUGCUCGAUGGUCAGCCAGUCUGCAUUUCGCCUGGGAUGUUGUUUUGGGCGAACUAAUUCGAGAGUCUUCCCCUCCUGUGGACGGCAACAAGAAUGCCACCAACGGAACCAAAAAGAACGAGAGAAUAACCUUCGACAUAUUCUGGAAAAAGGUGGUGGAUGAAAGCCUUUUCUCACCUACUAGUAGCACGGAACGCAAAGCUUGGGGGUUCGCGCUGUGGAAGAAGGUUCUAGAGGUGGCCCCAGGAGAGUUGUUGCAGAGCACAUUUACACCACAAGCUACUUCCUGUCUCUCCAACUCGCUGAAAAGCUCAGAACGGCAUUUACAGAGGCAUGCUGUAAAGGUCUCCCAGACCUUCCACACUCGUUUGGCGGCUACCGACGCAGAUGCGCCUUUUCAAGGUUUCACACGUGCAUGCAUCAGGGCACUCCUUCAAAGUGUCUCUUAUGGUGACUUUGAUCUAAUCACAAAAUCGAAAACUAUGCAAAGCUUGACAGACGUCGAUGACGAAGGCGUAUUGAUGGUCAUCGCCUCGACUUUGAUGUCUCUUGCAGCCGAGACUAUUCCAGAAGAGGACGACAAGCAGCUACUUACUCGUCAAAAAGCGCUACUCAACCUUCAAUAUAAAGUGGUCACAACCUCUCUCCGGAAUGCGGAGCACAGUGAAGCUUCGGGAAAGGGUGAAACGGCAACGACUGCCCGCUCCAUCAUGAAGGUAUGGACUCGGGACGCUUGUAUCUCUGCGCAUUCGGAAUCGCUCAAGGCUGCCAAAACACACUUCGCGCCCAAGUUGAUGAGUGACGGCCGAGAGUUCAUGAAGGAACGAUUGACCUUGGGACUCCAACAAGCGCUAAGACUAGGGCCAGCUGGGUGCAGCAUUUUGCGGGAUACAGUGCUUGAACUACACUCAAUGGAAAAGCAGCACAAACUUACGUCCACCUUGUUCGAGGAAGAUGUGAGCGACUUGGUGCGACAAGCGUGGCAGCGUUUGAAGAGCCUCUCAAUUUCCUUCGACGCCACGACUGAAACAUCAUCUGUAAAGUCAGGACCAGGGAAAGCGAGCAGCGAUACGGCCGGUGAAUCGGCAGAGGCGCCUUUUCCAACUUUUACUGACGGCCUAUGUCUGCUGUAUUGCCUGGUGUUGUUCCAGAUAUACACAGGCGAACACGAUGCUGUCGAGAUAUUGCAGGACCUGCUCGAUUCUCAAGCGCGCUGGACUGAGAGUAAGGAGAAGAAGGUGGCCAAUGAGGAGGGGGCCGACCCUGCCGAUGCCAUGAUGGAGAUCAUCCUGAGCUUCGCAUCAAGGCCUUCGAAAUUUCUGAAGAGAAUCACAGUUCAGAUAUUCGACGCUUUUGCACCUCACGUGACUCGCAAUGGCUUAGAGUCUCUGAGCCGCAUAUUGGCCACGAAGGAAAAUGCGCAGGGUCAGCAGGAAAUGUUUCAGGCAGAGGAUGUUGACAUGCAAGAUGGUGAUGAUGCGAGCACCAACCAGGACGAGGAGUCUUUGGACUCUGCUGUGGAAGUUGAAUCGAUAUCCGCCGAUGCAUCGAACUCGGAAGAGGCAAAGUCGGCAUCAUCAUCAGAAGACUCAGACGAGGACUCUGCAGACGCCUCGAGUGACGAGGAAGGUUCCGCAGAUGAAGACGAGGAGCUUGCCGCGUUCGAUGCUGCACUUGCAUCUGCUCUAGGCACUCGGCGUCUGGAUCAGAAUGAUGUCGAAGCAGCAGAUGACGGGUCCGAAUCGUCGUCAGACGCUGAUAUGGACGAUGAUGAGAUGAUGGAAUUGGACUCCAAACUUGCAGAAGUAUUCCGUGGCCGCAAUGAGCAGUCUUCGAAGAACAAGAAGAAAGAAGCGAAAGACGCAAAGGAGAACGUCGUCAACUUCAAAAAUCGUGUUCUCGACCUUAUGGAAUCGUACUUGAAGCAUCAACAACAGAAUGGCUUGUGUGUUCAUCUGAUCCUGCCAUUACUCGGGCUCAUCAGAACAACCCAGACGAAGCAGCUUGGAGAUCGCGGGUUCAACACACUUCAACAAUACUGGAGUCGCUGCAAAGGAUCCAACGUGCCAACGCUGAGUACAGAUUCCGAAGUUCAAGAGGCCAUUUCUAUCCUGCAAUCCGUCCAUGACGAAGCAUGUAUGGAGUCAUCGAGUAUACACUCCACUGCCACCAGUCAUACGAGCAUCCUCCUCGUCAAGACACUCGUUGAAUAUGAGCCGGCAAACAUCGGAUCAAUCAUUGAGAUUUACGCGGCAACGAGGCUGAGACAAUUGACCGAUCAAAAGUGCCGCGUCUUACCAGGGUUCUUUACGGACUGGAACAACUGGUGUCAGACUGCCAGAGGGAAGAUUGCUGGGUGAUGAUGGGCCCAGCAAACGCCUUGUCCGCAUUGCGGAAAGAAAAUGUUGUGCAGUAUGACUUUUCCGACCUCUUUGGGCACGGAAGCUACCUGUCCUUGGGCGAUUUCCUCAUAAUACCCAGUGAAUACAUAUUCCCAUCUUCAGCUUCCCGGUCCAUGUAUUGCCUGCUCGUCUUCCACUGUGCUCCCCCAUUUCAUUUCUGUUGGCCUGUAUUGCCGAGACCCAUGCUUUCUUGGGGUGGGAAGCCACAAAUGGGGCAAAAUCAGCAACUCUACUGCAUUGUCACUCUCCAAUCUCAUUCCUUCUCUGCCCGAAGACGUACGGCCAACUGCAUAUCUCUUGCCUGGAUGGUGACCGGUUUGGUACGGAUGGUGACCGGUUUGGUACGGAUGGCACACAGGUUCGUGUCUUAUACUGGGUCAGUGAUAGCAGUUCAGACGAUAAGGUGAGACCU